UCCAUCGUGAGAAGAGAGGCCACGCGUGUGUUCUUUCCGCGCGAUAGAACGGAGUCGCGAUCAUUCCCCGUUCACAAGAGGACCGGCCGACGGAGCGCACGGGUGUCUUUCUCUCCGUCGCCAAAGACCAGUCGGAAGUCCGUCGUCCAGAAGUUGUGUUUGUAGUGUUGUGAUUCCCGCGGCUCGAAAACGCUCCGUCAUGCCGGCGAGUGAUUUUCGCGCAGGACUAAAAAGAUGGAUGCAAGGAGAAGGCACUGUGAAGCGUGCUCUCAUUACCGGAUUGGCGGAGAUGCUCGGUACAGCCAUGCUAGUGUUCAUGGGAUGCAUGGGUUGCAUCGCUGGUCUCGGCGUCGCGCCUUUUCACCUACAGAUAGCGAUCACAUUCGGCUUCGCGGUUAUGGUUGUGAUCCAGUGCAUCGGCCACAUCAGUCAAGCUCACAUUAACCCGGCGAUCACCGUGGGAGCCAUCAUUCUUGGGAAAAAAACCAUUCCCGAGGCUUUAGUUUACUUUGUGUCGCAGAUGACAGGUGCCAUUCUGGGUUACGGUAUGCUGAAGGUGGUGACACCGAAGGAUAAGCUGACGUCUGGCACGGUCGAGCAGGCCGAUAUGUUCUGCGUGACCGAUCUACACAGCGAUCUAUCCGCGAUUCAGGGCUUGCUCGUCGAGAGCAUCGCGACCGCUUUCCUGAUGCUGGUGGUGUGCUCCGUCUGGGAUGUGAGAAACGAGAAGAAUACGGACUCGGUGCCGAUCAAGUUCGGUCUUGCGGUGGCCGUGCUGGCGAUCACGGUCGGACCGUACACCGGUUGCAGCAUGAACCCGGCGAGGUCGUUCGCGCCGGCAUUGUGGAACGGUCAGUGGAGGCAUCACUGGAUCUAUUGGUUCGGCCCGAUCGGCGGCGCCCUGAUUUCCUCGUUCAUGUAUAAAACUAUCUUCGGCGUUUCCGACAAGGUCGAGGAAGAGGAGGAGCCCGUACCCGAAGCUGUCGCGCUUAACAGCGUAGAGAGUCACAAACAGGAGCAGUCCUAAUUUGGCGGCGAGACGGAGACGCCGUCCGAGGUGUGACGGGGGCGGUCAGAGAAGCCGAAACUCGGUCGACGCUUUCUCAACGCAAGAAAAAUCUUCCGGACUUUCGGCGGGAAUGUAGGGUAAGAUAGGUGUGUGCUUUAGAAUGCACGCGAGCGAUUCAAUGGCGGAUGGCCACGGACGGCCAGGAUCCGCCAGAUGGGGAGGGGGGAGGGGAGGGGGAGGAGAAGGGCUUUCGAAGCUCAACCAGGAUAUACUCACAAUCCCGGGGAUACACACGCGGGAUAGACAAUCGUCUCGAUUCCGAAACCGCCGAAAUGGUUACGCGUUACUCGUCAACGUAAACUGACGCGGCAGUCAUCACACGCGUAUAUAUCACGUAUACACAACCGCAAGUCACGCCGUUACUCAUCGUCAGCGUUAACUCUAGAAAUCCAUUAUAAAUCAUUGCCUGCGACGACUUAAUUGAAUUAAAAUUUGAAUGCGAUCCAAUCGGAUUAAUACACUUCAAUUUCACCGAGUCUGAUUAAGUGUAUAGCGUGAUGUCAGCCUAUCAAUACGGAUUCAGACCGUCCCGGUAAAACUCGUGUGUGACGCGUGAAAGUGUCUUGACACACUGCCCCCGUGAAUCGCGAUCAAAUAUCAAUUAAUAUAAAAUGUGAAAUUAAUUCCGAAUAGGCUGCUACUUUGCCACUUUCUCUCUUUCUCUCUCUCUCUCUCUUUCUCUCUGUAAUAUAGUGUACAUUCGUUUGCUAUAAAUGUCUCGAUCAUUUAAAAGAAUUUAUUACGUGUAUAUAUAUAUAUAUAUAUAUAUAUAUAUACAUAUGUAUAUUUACUUCCUCUUUCUGCGCUGAUUGUGAGAGAAAAAAAAGUCUGGUAAUAAUAAUCAAAUUGGUUAAAUGAUAAUUAUCGAAGAUUCGGUGAAAUAGUUCACCAAUUCAAUAAUUCAAGCAAAUGUUUAAUAUAAUCAAAAUAAACUAAAUGCUAAUUUUAUGCCUUUGUAAAUAUUUAGUAAUUGUUAUCGAACACCAUUGUUAUUUGAUAAUAACUAUUACUAAAUAUUGCAACAAUAUGCUACAAAAUACAUUCGGUAUAAGCUAUUAUCAGACUUUUAUCUCAAUGUAUCCACUAUACAUAUAUAUGUACGCUAGAGAGAUAAGUUACGCACCUGCGAUCCGGUGAGAAUGAACGUGGCGAAAAAAAAAAUUCGAAAAAUGUACCUAGUCAUGCAACGCGCGUUUACCAUCUUAACUUUUAUUAUAUUGUAUACAGUUUGACAACAAAUAAAAUUAUCUACGAUAUA